AUGUGGGGCAUGAAGGACCGCUGGCAGUCGUUUGAUGGCGUCAGGGAAGCGUGUAGGGCGGCAGGAGCUGUGCUGCUUGCUCUUGACGAGUCCUUUGAUGGGGUCAGGGAGGCAUGCAGGGCAGCUGGGGCGGUGCUUGUGACUCUAGAUGAGGACCGUUGGCAGUCCUUCGACGGGGUCAGGGAAGCGUGCAGUGCAGCACUGGCUGUGCCGGUUUCUCUAGGCGAGGUGAGUACUACAGACAGAGGAAACACCAGCCCUCCCUCCUCACCCACUGUCAUGUGGGGCAUGAAGGACCGCUGGCAGUCGUUUGACGGGGUCUGGGAAGUGUGCAGAGCAUCAGGGGCCGUUCUUGUGACUCUAGACGAGGACCGCUGGCAGUCGUUUGGCGGGGUCAGGGAGGCGUGCAGGGAAGAUGGGGUCAUUCCAGUGACUCUAAACGAGGACCGCUGGCAGUCGUUUGACGGGGUCAGGGAGGCGUGCAGGGCAGCCGGGGCCGUUCUUGUGACUCUGGACGAGGUGAGUGGCAACGUCUCAGAGGACCGCUGUCAGUCCUUUGACGGGGAUCCUGACGCUUGUAGGGCAGCAGGGGCUGUUCUAGUGACUCUGGACGAGUCCUUCGAUGGCAUUCGAGAAGCGUGCUGGGCAGCAGGGGCUGUUCUUGUGACUCUAGACGAGCCCUCCUCCGCAGCCACGGUCAUGUGGGGCAUGAAGGACCGCUGGCAGUUAUUUGAUGGGGAUCGGGACGCGCAGCAGGGGCUGUUACUCUGA